CCGUUGCUUUCAAAAUGGCACCGCGGCGCGAGAGUAACGGGAGCUGCCUUUGUAGGAGAACAAAGAGCAAGUCGGCGGUUUUUUAGGCUUAAGACUCGUUGUGGUCAAAGGUGAUAGAUGCUGUGCUGGAAGCUGACAGCAAUGAGAGCAGAAAUCCUGCAGUGAAGGAAGAGAUCCCAGUCAGAAGAGCGGAAGCUUUGCAAAGUGACUGAGCCCAAAGCCUAAAUGGCAUCUGAGAAAGAGAAUGUAAGCAAUGGGAGAGAGCGGGGAUCCCACCUCGAUGCAGGGGAUGCUGAGAGCCAUCAGGGCACAGAAUGCCCCUCUGAUACUCCAAGAAGGGCUGUGGUUGGUGAAGCUGCCUGGCCACUGAGCAGCAAGGAGAAUGUUUCAGGUAGACCCGUGCCUCUGGGAGAUGAGUGCUACUCGACGCCUGCAAGAGUCAAAGCAGAAGAAAAAUCAUACCGUGGAUUAUCAGAGAAACAGAGGAGGAUAAGUGUUGAUUUUGCAACUGUAACAACUGCUGAUUUUGGGAUUACUCCAGAAAGCUUUGUUAAUGGAUCUACAGCUAAGUCUCCAGCUGCACUAAAGCUGAGACGAAGAUCAGCCAUUGGAGCCCGAGGGUCUCCAGAAAACAAUAGCCUCAUUCAAUAUCUUGCUCAGCAGAAAAGCAACAGGCAAAAAGAAGAUUUUGCACAGCAGGCUAGUCCUUGUCAGUCUGCCAGGUCACUGAGGAGCAAAAUGGAUAUCUUUCAAAGAACUUUUAAGUCAGUUCAAGAGGCUGAAGGGAAGACGGGUUUCUCUGGACUCUCACAAGUAUCUGCUGCUCUUCGGGAAGAUGGCUGCUUAGCUCAGAACAAAGCACCUGUCACAAAAGAACACAGUCUGGAUCAGAAGAGUGAAGCUUUCAUGUCUGACUGCAAUGGAGCUGAUUUCAAAGAAAAUUUGAAAGAAAACUUGAGCAAUAGCAAUAAGUCUGGUAGGAGGUUAUGCACCAUCUUGUCUUUACAGCCCGAUGUCACUGAACCGGCUGCUCUUUCAAAGGAACAGACUUAUAAGCAAGGCGGUCCUAUCGAGUAUUCGGAGGCUGUUCUAAUUAGAGAUAUCUUAGAAACAAGCCGUGAUUUCAGUCCUGCCCGUAUCAGUAAAGAAAUCAGAAGUAAUGUCAUAUCAGAUCAGAGCAGGAAAAAGGUUAACUUUGCAGAAGAGCUGGCUGUGGGGAUAUAUGAUGGAAGCGAGCCGCCUGUCACACCGCUCCAAACGAGGGCUGCUUCGUUAACGGAAUCCACGGCGAGCGGCUCCCAGCUGCGGUCUGUGCUGAAGAAAACACCAGUGAAGCAACUGAUGGAGUGUGUGAAGGAAUGUUCAAACAAUGCUGCUCACAGAGGAGGAGGUGAAUCUUUUACACUCUGUGAUCACAUCUGUGAGGCGCUGCAAACAGUGGAGAGAACUGAACAGUGCAGCCCCAGAAGGGCGAAGAAGAAAAAAGUGACUUUUGGAGAAGAUCUCAGCCCAGAAAUAUUUGAUAAAACUUUGCCUGCAAAUACUCCAUUGCGCAAAGGAUCGACGCCGGUCUGCCGCUCGGGGUCAGCACGUGGCAGCCCUUGCACGAGGGCAGGGCUCCCAGAGGAGCCAUUAACUCAGCCAAACUUCGAUUGCAGUGAUGAAUGUAUUGAGCCUCCUCAGGAGGUGCAGGAGGGCUCUGUUGUUUCAGAAAAGCUCUUACCUGUUGAAAAUACAGAAGAAGCAGAAACUGACAAAUCAGACAUGAAAACGACUCGCUCCUCUACUAAAAGGAAGUACAGCACCAUUUCCGAGGGCACUGACUGUAGCAUCUCCAGAACAACCAGCACUAAGAAUGCUAAAGACGUUAAAAAUCCAAGGAAGAAUGAACUGCAAAGACCAAAGAGUGUGACUGCCUCUGCUGCCAAAAAGAAGCAAAAAACAAAACGCACAACCUUUGGGAAAAGAAGAAAGAGAAAAGUGAAGAAAUCUUUAUAUGGGGAAAGAGAAAUGGCUUCAAAGAAACCUCUUCUGAGUCCUAUCCUUGAGAUUCCAGAAGUUUUCUCUUCUUCCUCAUCUCCAAAUUCACCAAAGACAAUUGCACAUUUUCCAGAUCUUUCCAUACCCAGGGAUGUUCAUAAUGAUGUUCAACAGGAGCAAGUGACUGAAAGACUGAGAGAGAAAAUCAUCCCUGUUAUUCAUGUGUAUCCAAGCUCUGAGGAACUGGGUGCUGUGGAAGAAGGCAGCCCCAGCAAUACAGUGUUUCAGUUUCCAAAUGUGCCAGACACAAAUGAUGUUCUCAAUACAUAUUUCCAGCAAGCUGAAGAGACGGCAUGUUUAAAAGGGAAAACAGAAAGUGAUUUCUUGAUAGAACAUGAGAAAUUACAGGGAGAUUUCCCAAAGAAGGAAGAGUGGCUGUCAGAGCUAGAAUUUCCAAACCAAGAGGACACUGAUGUACAUGAGACUCUCCAAAGAACUGAGUGUCCACCUAAAAGGUCUUCAAGAGGUAGGCCACCAAGAAGAAGAAGUAGCAGUACUGUGAAUAUUCCUCCUACUGAAAAGUCUCAUUUUGAAAUGGCUGGAGAGGACCUUCAGUUUUCUUUUGAUGUUGAAGAAGUUUUAUCUGCUCCACAGCUAAAAAGUAACUCCUUAAAAAAGCCCUUGAGAAGAAAGUCAAGUAUGAGCAGUGAAACAAGUCGGGUGAGACGCAGCAUGAGACUACAGAAAGAUGCAGAAAUUGAAGGACUUGCAUGGAUUGAAGUAACCAGUGAGAUUCUGCAGAACCCUUCUCUGCUAGCUCCUGCCUGUAAAACCAGGAGAAGAAAAAGCACAUCUGUCCUGACAGAAUCUGAGAAUACUCACCAUCAAGAAGAAAAUCACAUCCAGUUUGCAGCAUCAGGAAAGGAGAACAGUGAAUCUGUUCAUGUUGCUGGUGGUCCUUGCAGAAGGAGGAGGAAAAGCAUUUGUGUAUCCACACCUCAAGAAACAAGAACUUGGUUUCAAACCAGGAAAAGGAGCAUAACAAAUUCUGUAUAUAGGAGAGACAGCAGUAGCCAAGAAUACUCUGAAGAAAUGAACAUACCUCUUCAAAAUAGCAUUACCACGUAGUGAGGUUUCAGCUGCCUCUCAUUUUCUUAAGUGAAGACAUCAUCAGCUUUUCCUGAGACACGAAGUCCUAAAGCAACGUGAAAGAAACUUCACUAAUUAAAUGCUGUUCAUCUUGUACUUGUAUAGAGACAUUACUGAAGUUGUCAAAACAGACUCCCUGAUGUUUUAUUUUGGGCUUUGUAUUUGUGUCACAGUGCAAUUUUUAGGCUUGGAAUAGAGAUGGCCACGGUUACUUGGGCUGCUUUGCUGUGAUAACAGGAUUUUGGCUUACCAGGAGAGGGCACUCUGACAUGAGUUUUGUGGUCAUAGCUGAAUUAUUUUGAAAAUGCAAUGUAUGAAGUCUUUGAACAGAUGCUGUGUGACAUCAGAACUAAGUAAUAAUAACUGCUACCAUUUAACGUUCAGAAAAAUCAAAAUAACAAACUAAGCACUGAAAUUAGUCAAUACCAGAGAAGUGAAACACUUAGGCACUGUAUUCAGAUAUGACUUUACAUGUGGAAAUCAUAUAGCACUUUAAAAUACAGCAUUGCUCUCUAGAGUUGCAGCAAAAAUUUUAAGGUCUACCUGUUAAAUCACGCAGCAAGGCAAACCUUUUGAGGCUGUGAAUGUCAGGUUAAAGAUCUGCCUUAAACAGGUCAAGCAUUGAGAUAUCCUGAAGGGAGAGGCAGUAAAUUAGCAUGGAUGAUACUAGAGGGCUUAAUCUGCCUAGAACACACUUCUUGUGGUGCUGCUGUCCUAUGCAUCACUCACAGCAGCAGUGGAAGAGUAUUCUCCCCUGAGGUUCCUUGGGUGGAUGUGUUAAGUGCACUUCAGAUGUGAAGUGUAAAUAAAAUCAGAAGUAGAAGAGCCAGGGUAAGAAAAAAACAAAGCUGGGAUUUGCCUCCUGGCACAACAUGGUCAAUAAAGAGUUGGAUGCCACGUACUCAAUGGCAGUUUGCUUCACAUGAAGGUGAGGUUGGAACCUGCAGAAAAUAAGAGGUUACAGUAACUGGGUUUAAUAUGGAGGGGACUUGAGAGGAGGCAAGUCUUCAGUUAUGCAGAAGUGUGGUGGAGGUUAAUGGUUGGUUCUUUGUCACUACUAAAUGGUACAAUAAAUGUUUUUAAAUUAGGAAGAAAAAAAAAAUCUGGUUAAGCAGCAAGAGGAAGCUCCAGCACCAGAGAUAGUAGAUUGCCUUGGGAAGCUGUGGAAUCUUUUUAUCACUGGAGGCUUUUACGAACAGUUUAAACAAAUAUCUGUCUGAAAUGACAUACGAUACUUCCUUGGGGUAAGGAUGGGGCCUGGACAGGCUCUCAAGGUCCCUUCUGGCUGUGUUUGCUGAUUGCUAGAGAUUAGGGUUACAAAGUGAAUUGAGACUGGCUAAUAUGAAGGUCUGAGCCAGAAUUUGUCAUGGAAUAGGGAGUAGAUUUGCUGACUUUGAGGGCUGUGUAGCAAGGGAACUAACUGGGGAAUCAGGGAAGAGCCCUUCAAGUGAGGUAAUGAGAUGGUCCUCUAGUAUUUUAAACAUUCAGCUCUCACAUGAUUUGCUCUUCUGAGGCAAACCAUCUCUACAGACCCCAACAAUUGUGGAACCUAUGAUUUGAUGGCUGUGGUGUUACACAGAAGUGUGGACCGCAGAGUGAACAGUGCUGUUCUGAGUUACCAUUAAUCUUUAAAGGACCAACAACUUUGCAGUCCUUAUCCAGCGAGCAGAAGUACUUUCCAGGCUGGUCUCUUGCCUUUAUUUCUGAGUAAGGAUAUAGCAAUUUAAUUGUAGGUAUACUGUGUGCAAGAUGUUUUAACUGUGUAGUUCUAGUUUUCAGCUAUUGCAGCACUAUAAAGAAAUCUAUGGUGUUGGACAGUCUCUUUCAGCUCUCAUUUGUUCUCCCUGUUUUUCCAAAGGAAGAGAGGGUUAUUAUAAAAGGCCAUUUUGUAUUUCAAAGUAUUCACCAACCUUACAUUUUGCAUUGCAUAGACAUGAAAUGGCUUCAAGUAGCUCUGAGUAGACACUGCCAGGGAACUGUGUUCAGCUGAUUGCCAUGAAUCGAUCACGGGUCUGAUUAACAGAACAAGUGGUGAGUCCUAGAAAGGCUGAUUAUCUUGCCAGUCCAAUGUAAUUAUGAUGUCACUAAUAAGUAAAAGUAAUCAUAUUGCUUUUGUUUACUCUGUCCUAUGAAGCACAGUCUUCAUGUGUUUGUAGAUAGCUGACUAUGCAGGAGCUAGCAAGAAGUACAUCACACUUGGGAUGGUCUUUUCUUAAAUUUGCAUUAUGUUAGUGAGUCAAGAAUGCAAAGAACAGUAAUACACAUGUUUUCAUAGAAUCAUUUGAGUUAAAAAGGACCCUUAAAGGUCAUCGAGUCCAACUCCCCUGCAGUG